AAGCCAUUGUGAUUGGUUCAUCUCUUUCUCUCUCUCUCUCUCUCAAAUUUUUAUACAGCCGAAGAGCUCUGUGUGUAUAAACACUGUACAGAGAGCUUUAUAAGCAAGACUUUGCCACAACCAUACUUGCUCGAGGUGGGGGUCAAUGAAACAACAAAGCCAAGAAAGCCUCCAUGAGAGAAAUUAAGAAAAAAGCUAAAAAGCUUAAAGCUUAAAGAAAGCUGAUUGCAGAAAGCAAUCUUAGCUUUUCUCUCUCUCUUUCUCUCUUUCUUUCUUUCUCUCUUUCUCUUUCUCCACCCAUUUUCUUUCUCUUGCUAAAGCUGAAACACCCACUACUAGCAAAAACUUCUCAUCAUCACCUGUACACUCAACGAUUGAUUGAUUUCUCUUCACCCCCAACAUAUAGUCCACCAGAAGCCACAGAUUCCAGCACUAACCCAUGUUAGACAAAACAACUUCCUCCUCUGCUGCUCCAUCUUCUUCUUCUGAUCCUUUUCCUUCCUCUGAAAAUGGGGUCACCAACAAAAGGAAAAGAAGGCCUGCUGGUACACCAGAUCCGGAUGCAGAGGUCGUUUCUCUAUCGCCCAAGACCUUAUUGGAAUCAGAUCGAUACGUGUGUGAGAUCUGCAAUCAAGGGUUCCAGCGAGACCAGAACCUGCAAAUGCACAGGAGGCGGCACAAGGUCCCUUGGAAGUUGCUCAAGAGAGAGACGCAGGAGGUGAAGAAGAAAGUGUUUGUGUGUCCAGAGCCAAGCUGCUUGCACCAUGACCCGUGCCAUGCUUUGGGAGAUCUGGUUGGCAUAAAGAAGCAUUUCAGGAGGAAGCAUAGCAAUCACAAGCAGUGGGUGUGCGAGAAAUGCUCCAAAGGAUAUGCUGUUCAGUCCGAUUACAAGGCACAUCUCAAGACUUGUGGUACCAGAGGCCAUUCUUGUGACUGUGGCCGUGUGUUUUCCAGGGUGGAGAGUUUCAUUGAACACCAAGAUUCGUGCACAGUCCGUCGAGUCCAACCCGAGUUACAGUCGCUGCAACAAGCCUGCUCGUCUCGAACAGCAUCGAGCACCAGUCCGUCAAGUGACGCCAAUUUUAGCAGAGCCCCACUGCCUGGACUGCCAGUACUGGCGCCAAAGCCAACUGAGCCUGUCUUCCUCUACUCGGAUCGCAACAACAAGAACGUCCACCCAGCUGCCUCUGAUCAUCAUCUCAAAAAACACAAUCUUGAACUCCAGCUCCUCCCAUCAUCAAAUUCAGAUGAGAAUUUCGAGACCCGUCUGAAGCUUUCAAUUGGAUCUUGUGAUAACGGUGACCACAAUCUUGAGUCUGGAAAAAAGCUGGAGAAGAGUGCAAGUGAGUCGGCGAUGGAAGCCACCCGUUUAAAAGAGUUUGCUAACGAGCAGUUACAAUUGGCGGUGGCCGAGAAGGCAUAUGCGGAGGAAGCUAGACAAGAAGCAAAGCGACAGAUUGAGAUGGCUGAGCUUGAGUUCGCGAAUGCCAAGCGGAUAAGGCAGCAAGCACAGGCUGAACUUGAAAAGGCUCAAGCUUUGAAAGAGCAAGCAACCAAGAAGAUCGGUGCUACUAUGAUGCAAAUCACUUGCCAAGCCUGCAAGCAACAAUUCCAAGCGUCCACUGCCACGGUGGCCGCAGCAGCUGACGAGACCUCGCUUGCUAUGAGUUAUAUGUCUUCGGCCACCACCGAAGGAGAAGGAGAGUGAAACAGCACUGGAAUUCCUCAUGCAACUAUGUAUGUUAUAGUUUAAAGGAAAAAGAUUAAAAAAACAAUCUCUUCAGCUCAAGAUGCAUGCUUAUAUCGUUACAAGGCUCUUCAAUCUUUUUUUCAAAAUUUUUUUUGGGGUAUUUGUAUAUUUGAUUAUGCCUACUGAUUUUCUUUGGCUAUGUCAAGUAGGUUUUAUUUAUCUCUGACCAUUAAUUGUUGCGGUGUUGAUGAUUAAAUGGAUACUGUAAGUUGUAACUGGUUCUUGAAUGGCUUUAAUAUAUCUUCAUUUGUUUUAAA